AUGUCUAAUUCUCAGCUAUACCUUGAGCACGUCCUCAACCUCAGGAACCAAUACAAUAUUGACAGACGAUCACUAGUUCCUACUUUGGACUUUGUCAAACUUCUUGGUAGCCUCGCAAGAUUUCUUCUCGACUCUGCCUUUUACAAGAAAGCGGAGAAUACAGAACUCAUUGCAAGGGAGGCUUUCCAGGAGCUUUGCGAAGAAGAUGAGAGGGUAUCGGCGGACCUCAAUAUCUUGCAAGCUUUGUCACUGGCGCACCAGGGUUCCUUUUCCCGUGCCAAGGGUCUCCUUGAUGAGACGUAUCUCUAUACGCUGGCCAAUGCUUUCCCUCCCGCCGAACUCCAACUAAGCCGGGCAUUCACCAUUAUGGGAAACGUGGAAGCAUCGUUGGGUAACAUUGUUUCGAUGCGUUGGCAUGCAAAGGCAAUCAAGCAAAGGCUGGAUGGUUACAGAAGGGAACCGCCUAAGCGAGAUGACGAACACGCUGCAAUCCCGUUAUUGGAAAAGGUCCAGGCUAACUUGGGAAGAUUCUUUUUCGGUGACUCGGAUGACUUGGAUGACCGGGAUGAAGUUGGCCUCUCGCCUGUUGUCGCAUUGGCUUAUGCCUCUGACUCUCGUUACUGGGUCAUGCGUGCAUACGAACACUUCAGGCUCGGAAAUCUUGCCCGCAGAGUGGAGGAGUUCGAAAAGGCUCAUGAGGAGUAUGCAAACGCGCGACAACUAUGGCGUCAUGGGACCAGGUUGGACACGCACCAUUUCCAUGGCGCGUGCUUGUACAAGCUCGGCUGUGUCGCAUGCGAUCGAUGUGAAUUUGAGUCUGCCAGGUUUGUGAUUUUCGACACCGACGCGCAAAACGCAUACAAGAUCUAA